CCCUGUAGAGUAACAUUUGUUACCAGAACUGCUGGUGUAAUACAGACAGGGAACAUACUGCAGAGUUCUCCGAUUAUAAUGGCAACCGUUUGCUGCGAUGACAGCGAAGAAAGCGCCGAGAAAUUGCGGAAAAUGAACAUGGACCGUUCGUGGGCAGUCGCGGAAUUAGUGCUGCCAUUUUCGUUUUCGGAAUUUCCUGUGAACUGUCAAACUGAAGAUAUAUCUGUCGCUUCCUCAGAUUGUUAUGUUAUUGUCGAUUGUGACAGCAGUGAUAUGAAAGACGAAUCGACAGAGGCGAUGAAAACUAUGGAGACUAGCAUCGGCGGAAAAAAAAGUGGGAUUUCUGAAUUGGCAAUGUCAACAGUGCAGCCAAGGGGAGAUAACCUUGUGGAGCCCAACGUGGAAAGAGAUGCGGAUCCGUUCGAAUACUUCCAGGCGUUACCAAAGAAAACGUUUUCAGUAGGGAAUUACAUUGUUUCAAAGAGAAAACAGAAACUGGAAAAGCGAAAGCUACGUAAAGUCAAUGCAAGUGGCAAAAGAAAAUGGAGGCAGGUUCCUGUGGAAGAAAUCGGCAUGAAUCCCAGCUUGUUCCCGCGGUUUCAGUUUAAACCCAGUGAAAAAGACCGGAAGGUUAAUUCUGAAGCGAUCAGUUAUGAAGUAAAUGAGGAAUUUAUGCAUGUGGAGAAUAUAAUUUCCAAUGCGAAGGAUCUGGAAUGUUUUCUUGCCAUCGGUGUUAAAGACAUUAGAGCCGAUCGGCAUCGAAAAAUUAAAAGGGCGCAUAAACAAGUGAAGGACAAAUACUGCAACAACGUGCUAAAUAACAAUGGGAAAAAGCUGUUCGUGAAUCAUAGAGUGUACAAACGGAUGGAGCUGAAACCACAGACAAUCCACUUUUUACCCAAACAAAAGGUAGGUGGAAGAUCAGACCUCGAGGAAAAGAGAAUGAUAAUCCAGAAAGAGAAAGGGAAAAGGAAUCCAAACAUUAAGGGGGAGGGGGCGUUUGAAGAUGCAAAACCUGCCCCGCCUGUGGCCUCUGAAACUCGCCACGCCCUUCACAGUCAAAAUGCCCCAUCGACCUUCGCCGAAGAUCAAGCUCUGGUCAACUUGUUAAUCUCUCUGCAGCACCGAGAUUUAAGCCCCGAGGAUUAUGACCUGCUGUUGAGGCUUGACGAACAAGUCGCCCCUAAAACUGUGUCUAAAAACCUUCUAAGCAGCUUCAAAACGGACAAUGCUUGCGAGGCGGACUGUUGUCAGCGGUGUGCGGUAUGCAUGGAGAAUUAUGUUCAGGGCCAGGUGCGGAAGUUCCUCCCGUGCCAACACGUGUUCCACGCCAACUGUAUAGACAUUUGGUUAGAAAACUCCUCUUUGAAUUGUCCUCUGGACGGAUUACCUGUCACGUGA